UGCGCUGCAUGUGACUCUGCUCUGAGCUCUGCUGCAGCUUGGAGGCGUUUUUUUUUCUUCUUCUCUGUGUGCAACCAACCGCAAGAAAUGGACGUGUUUCUAAUGAUUCGACGUCACAAGACGACCAUCUUCACAGAUGCCAAAGAGUCCACCACAGUCUACGAGCUGAAGCGCAUCGUGGAGGGUAUCUUAAAGAGGCCACCUGAAGACCAGAGGCUUUAUAAGGAUGACGUGCUGCUUAACGACAGUCAAACUCUUGGAAAUUGUGGCUUUACAAAUCAAACGGCCCGACCCCAGGCCCCGGCCACAGUGGGAUUAGCUUUCCGUCUGGGUGAUGAUUCAUUCGAGCAGCUGAGGAUCGAGUCCUUCUCCACUCCCCCAGAGCUUCCUGACGUCAUGAAGCCCCAGGACUCGGGCAGCACAGCCAACGAACAGGCUGUACAGUGAGGAGGAGACAGAGAGAGAGAAAGAGGGGCGGGGGGAAAGAAGAAGAAGAAAAAACAAAAAAAACCAAGAGGGACACGAAUAGGGGGGGUCGGAGAGGGAGGACGCACCAGAGAGAGAGGGGAGGGGAGGAGAGGGGAGGAGGGGAUUUUGAAUUUUUUUUGGGAAGCAAUGCCUUCAGCGGUUGUGGACGACAGAUCUUCAACUGGGCACAAACAGUUACAAAAACACGGAUUCCCCCUUUUUUUGUUGUAUAUGUGAGAAGGGGCGGGUGGUUCAUUUAUCCCGAAAACCGGUGAACGCAUGCUAGAAUAACAAAAGAAAAAAAAAAAAAAAAAUUGAUUUCACACAAGACCCUUCAGUGAUUACCUGACGGACUUGUCACAACACUGUCAGUCAUCCAUGGGAUUUGGUAAAGGCUGAACAUAAAGAAUUGUACCUCGUAUUUAAUUAAUUCUAGUCUUUAUUUGGGGGUAAGGUUAAUGCCGCCUUACUUAUGUUUUUUCUUUUCUUUUUGUUUUUUUUUUUUCUUUUUAAAUUUUGCUGGCUUAAAUGUGGGAGUUGAUAAAGGUGUGACAUUUUUAGGCUUUUUAUGUUUUUGUGUGUGUGUUUCUUUAUUAAACUAUUACUAGGAUUUAACCUUUUUUUUGUGGGUCCUCUGCCUCGGGAUAUGUGCGUGUGUGGCGACGAUAGCUAGGGAGUUUGUGAAUUUCUAAGUUACUAUCUGUAUUUCAAUUUCAAGAACUCUUUUUGAACAGACUGAAAUAAUUAUAAUUAUAAAAAAUAUAUAGAUACAACUUGUUUUGGCAAGAAGAUCCAGCAUUAAAAAAAAAAAGAGAUGAGCAUUUCCCGGUACUUUUACUUAUCAGUAGUCGUAGUUUUCAUAUAGCUGCUUACAGACAUUACUGAGACUGAACGCACUCACUCACUCAGUUUUGUGGGUAUCUCCAACACACGUGACGCUGGCGUGGACCUGGUGUUGAAAAUGGCAAAAAAAUGACUGACAUUAGUAGAGCAACAAUCAAAAAAAAAAAAAAAAAAAGGAUUAGCAGUAAUUAUUGGUCAUUUUUUACCUCGCUAACAAAACGUAGGAACUAACCAACCUUUCCUUCUCCAGUGUUUGAUUGUAGCACAUGACAUCUCAGAGGCCUAAAAGUGUUUAUAUUGAGCGGAAAGUUAAACAGGUUGUUUGUGGGAUGAGUGCCUGUAAUCGGCAGGCUGCACAUUUUGACCCUUCAUUACCCCCCCCCCCCCCUCCUCCUUUGCCCCCUCCCCAAAAAUCACUGCCCCAUUUAGUUUUAGCUCAUGCUGCUGCGUGUGUGUGUUGUAUUAUACACCAUUAAAACCUUAAACACAUAGUUUUCCUAUAAAAAAAAACAAUUUAAAGAGGAGAAUCAGAAACAAACUCAUCUGCACAUCAAAACUGAAAGCAUAACACGGGAUCUCAUGAUCACAAAAACGACAAUUAAAACAAAGAAGAAGAAGAAGCCCUCCAUUGUUCACUACAGGGGAGAAGAUAUUCUGACCUAGGGGUGUUGAAUGAAAUUGUUGACACAUUGAGGCGUAAAAAAACAAAGCAUUUGCAAAUCGAGGCUGUUAAACAGUGAUCAACAAGUUGCACUUGUAACUGAUUUAACAUUAAAAACAACUGUUUUUCA